CGGACGCGAGCAAAGGGGCAGGCGGCGGCGGCCGGGGGCGGCGGGGGGGGAUCCGGCGGCCGGGACGCGGCGGGGGGCAGCCGGCGGCCGCCGGGGUGACGCGGGGCGGUGAUGUCGGAGCACGCGGCAGCCCCAGGGCCCGGGCCCAACGGCGGCGGGGGUGGCGGCGCGGCGCCCGUGCGCGGCCCGCGCGGCCCCAAUCUCAACCCCAACCCGCUCAUCAACGUGCGCGACCGGCUCUUCCACGCGCUCUUCUUCAAGAUGGCCGUCACCUACUCACGCCUCUUCCCACCUGCUUUCCGCCGCCUCUUUGAGUUCUUCGUGCUGCUCAAGGCCCUGUUUGUGCUUUUCGUCCUCGCCUAUAUACACAUCGUCUUCUCCCGGGCCCCCAUCAACUGCUUGGAGCAUGUUCGAGACCGAUGGCCACGGGAGGGGGUCCUGCGGGUGGAGGUGCGCCACAACUCCAGCCGGGCACCCGUGAUCCUGCAGUUCUGCGACGGGGGCCUCGGCGGCCUGGAGCUGGAGGAGGAGGAGCUCACCGUGGACAUGUUCGCCAACAGCUCCGUCAAGUUCGAGCUGGACAUCGAGCCCAAGGUGUUCAGGCUGCCGAGUGAUGCGGAGGCCAGCAACGACAGCCAGGACUUCCCUUUCCCCGAGACGCCAGCAAAAGUGUGGCCGCAGGAUGAGUACAUCGUGGAGUACUCACUGGAAUAUGGCUUCCUGCGGCUGUCGCAGGCCACACGCCAGCGUCUGAGCAUUCCGGUCAUGGUGGUCACCCUAGACCCCACGCGGGACCAGUGCUUCGGGGACCGCUUCAGCCGCCUGCUGCUGGAUGAGUUCCUGGGCUACGAUGACAUCCUGAUGUCCAGUGUGAAGGGCCUGGCGGAGAACGAGGAGAACAAGGGCUUCCUGAGGAAUGUGGUCUCUGGGGAGCACUACCGCUUUGUCAGCAUGUGGAUGGCACGCACGUCCUACCUGGCGGCCUUUGUCAUCAUGGUCAUCUUUACCCUCAGCGUGUCCAUGCUGCUGCGAUAUUCCCACCACCAGAUCUUCGUCUUCAUCGUGGACCUGCUGCAGAUGCUGGAGAUGAACAUGGCCAUCGCCUUCCCCGCAGCGCCCUUGCUCACCGUCAUCCUGGCUCUCGUCGGGAUGGAAGCCAUCAUGUCUGAGUUCUUCAACGACACCACCACAGCCUUCUACAUCAUCCUCAUCGUGUGGCUGGCCGACCAGUAUGAUGCCAUCUGCUGCCACACCAACACCAGCAAGCGGCACUGGCUGAGGUUCUUCUACCUCUACCACUUCGCCUUCUAUGCCUACCACUACCGCUUUAACGGGCAGUACAGCAGCCUGGCCCUAGUCACCUCCUGGCUCUUCAUCCAGCAUUCCAUGAUCUACUUCUUCCACCACUACGAGUUGCCCGCCAUCCUGCAGCAGAUCCGAAUCCAGGAGAUGCUGUUGCAAACGCCGCCGCUGGGCCCCGGGACCCCCACGGCACUGCCUGAUGACCUCAACAACAACUCUGGCUCCCCUGCCACCCCAGAUCCCAGCCCUCCCCUCGCGCUGGGCUCCAGCUCCAGCCCCUCGCCCACUGGUGGGGCAUCUGGGCCUGGCUCGCUGGGCGCUGGGGCCUCAGUGCCCGGCAGUGACCUAGGUUGGGUGGCCGAGACCGCCGCCAUCAUCUCGGACGCGUCCUUCUUCUCACUGCUGGAGCGGCGGCCAGCAGCCCCCAGUGCCCCGGACAGCUCUCGACCUGACCCUGGGUCCCCUCCUGAGGACGCACCCGCCCCUGCCGGGUCCUGAGAGCGGUGUCGUGCCCGGCUCCUAGCGGAGCCGCGGCCGGAGCCCAAGAGAGCUGUGGUCUUCAGGGAGAGGGGCUGGCGGUGAAGGUUCUGGAAGCGGCCGGGACAGGGCGGCGACGGGCACGAGGCCACCGGCCGGCCGCCUGGUGCUCCCCAGUGCCUUCCACACGGCGCCCGCCCGCCCGCGCGGGGCCGAGCGCCCGGGCCCGGACUAGCAGGUGGCGGCUCAGGACGCGGGGCGCACGUUCCACGCUAUUUAAUUGCAAUGUACAGAGUCGUGUUUGUAUAUAGAAUAAACUGUCGUGGACAGUG